CUUGAAUCUGGCAGGUGUGGUGUUUAGCGAUGGCGGACGCGACGGAGGCGCCGACGCGCAAGUCGCUGCUCAUUCCGGUGCAGAAGAGCGAUGAGUGGGUGGAAAUGUACACCGACGAACUUCCUGAGGAUGCAAAUGAUAUCAUGGACAUCCUCCGCGCUGAAAUCGCGCCACUCGAGGUGUGGCUCAAUGUCGCGAUCGAGUACUACCUCCAGGGCCGCACAGAUCAGUUUGAGCUCAUUUUUGAACAAGCAACGGUGCCGGAAGCCGAGGAAAUCUACAACGAUGACGCUGCACGCAAAAGUCGUCUCAAGAUGUACAACGCGUGGGUGUCGCAUUUCGUGAACGUGAUGUGGAACGAAGAUGACGAGCGCCGCCGCGAGAUUCCCGCGCAAAAGGCGGUUGCAUUGUUCCAGAAGGCGGAUCGAAUCGACGCACAGUGUCCCAACACACUAGUCGGAAAGGCGCUAAUGUUCAUGGCGAAGGGAGAAGAUGAUCGCGCCGAGCGAUUCCUGAAGAACGUACUGAUCGCAGACAAGGAGAACCUCCCUGCAAUUCUCGCGUCGGCCCUGUUGCAUGUACGCAAGAAGAAGUACGUCGAAGCGAAGAAGUUAUAUCAAGAAGCGAUCGUGCUCCACCCAAAAUCCCCCCAAGCGAGUCGAAUUCGUAUGUGCUUUGCGUAUUGUUGCUAUCAGAUGGGUUGUGUCGACAAGGCCAAGGCUGUGAUGAAGUACGCUGCGGCUCUCGACGACAGUAACGUGACUGCCUCGAUGGCCAACGCGUUGUGGUCUCUGGCGUCGUUGCCCCCCGAGGAGCGUCUUCGAUCCAUGCAAGAUGAAGGCUCACGCUUCAUGUAUCUUGUGCAUCACGCUCACGCUUUGGAUCCUAAACACCCGUCGGCGCUCAACCACUUGGCGAAUCACUACUUUUUACAGUGGAUUCCAUUGCCGGGAACAGUGUCAGUUGUCCGUGGGUCCGCGGUCGCUACAACGACUCACGACAUCUCGAACGACGUGGUCAAAGGCCAGUUGAUAUGCAUCGGGGACAAGUACAUAGCGUAUGUCAAGGACGUGUCGCCUCGCAGCAUCACCCUCGACGUCCCGUUCAAGGACGUGUCUCGAUCCGGGCUCACGAUCAGUCGCAAAUUGUACGAUCAGAUGAACACACUUGCCUCGAACGCAUAUCACGCCACCCAAGUCAAGGAAUUGCGAGCCGAGAGUUGUUUUCUGAUUGCACGGGGACAUCACGCUGAAGGCAAGUAUCAAGAAGCGUUUGGGUACUAUUAUAGCGCCACGCGAAGCACUCCGUCGUACGCGUUGCCUUGGUACGGCCUAGCGCAAAUGUACUACCACCAGAACGCGCUGGACAAGGCAGCAGUGUACUUGGAAAAGACGCUCAAGUUGUUUCCGGACAACACGGAAGUACUGUUGUUUUUGGGCCACGUGUACCUCCGGUUGAACCGCAAACCCGACGCGAUCGCCAACUUUCGACGUGUGGCAGACCUCGAUCCCGGCAAUGUCGACGCCUUGAUUGGGACUGCCGAGAUCUUGCAUUCGUCGAACGAGCGGCACGAGCAACUUGCCGCCAUAUCGGCUUACGUUGCUGCUCAACGCGUGCUUGAAAACACGAUGGAACCUGUCCCGGAUGGGUUGCACACCAACCUGGGAUCGCUGCAUAUGCGUGUGGGUCAGUACCACGAAGCAAUCGAGUGCUACGGACUUGCUCUCGGGACGGGCGAGCGUGGCGCGCGCCCACCGUUCCCUGACGUGGACUCAUCCAACGUGACAGUGCUGUACAACAUUGGGUUGGCGUACGAAAAGCUUGGCGAGUGGAGUUUGAGCACAGGCAUUUACAAGUCGAUCAUCGAGCGAUUCCCAUGGUACUUGGACGCGUUGCUGCGGCUGGCUGUGUUUGAACGCGAGAGCGGCAACCACGACCAAGCGACCGCGCUUCUCGACAAAGCCCUAGGUCAAGACCCGACGUGCGCGAACGCGUGUCUCCUCCAAGCCAACAUGCAUUUUCACAAGCGCGAGUGGAGUUUAGCGCAGAAAAAAUACGAGCAAGUCCUCGGGAUGAAACUACCGGACGGCAGCAUGGCACUCAAGAAUGACCCGUACACGUUCCUUAGUAUGGGCAACAUCUUUAUGAGCAACAUUGGUGAGAAGGGCCGAUACUUGAAAAACAUGACGCUCGCCGAAACGUACUACAAGAAAACGCUGGCCAGCAACCCUCAAAACGUGUAUGCUGCUAACGGGAUCGGCAUCAUGUUGGCGGAAAAAGGCCAGCUCGACAAGGCCAAGCUCAUCUUUGCACAAGUCCGAGAAGCCGCGCCCGACAUGCCCGACGCCUGGAUCAACCUGGCCCACAUUCACAUGGGCGAACGUCGCUAUGGCGAAGCGAUUACCUUGUACCAAGUGUCGCUGAACAAGCACUACAAGGGCCAAGACGUGACUGUAUUGCUGUAUUUGGCCAAGGCGUACUACGAAGCCAAACGGUACAGUGAAUGCAUCACGACUUUGACGAAAAGCAUCCACAUCGCGCCCCAAGAGCUUAAGUUGUGGUACAACUUGGCGCUGGCCCAGGAAGACUUUGCUGUUGCGACCCUCGGCGCGACCGAGACGUCGACUUCGGCCAAAUCGAACCGAACGAUGGCCGAUGUCCAACGUGCCAUCAGUGAUCUUCAACGCGCCCAGCGCAUCUACGCGUUCUUGAACAACGCUGUUCCGCCCGCGUCGUCGAAGAAAGGGCAUCCGAUCGACAUGGAAAAGGUCCAUGACCACGAAACGUUUUGCAAAGAGACAUUGGAAAAGGCCAGUGUGCACUUGGAAUUUGAACGCCAACGCGAGGAAAAACGCAAACUCGACGCUGAAAAUCGCCGCCGCAUGGUGCUUAUGCUCGAAGACGAGCGCCAGGCGCAGUUGCAGGCCCAAAAGGAGCGCGAAGCGGCGUUGGAACUCAAGAAAGCGCAGAUGCUCAAGGUGACCCAAGAGCGGUUGAAGGCCGCGAGCGAAGCGUGGAAACAGAAGGAAGCGUUGGUGGCAGACACGUCCAAGGCAGCGGCCAAGAAGGGCAAGAAGCGCAAAGUUGACGUGGAAGAGGACGACGACGACGACGAUGACGUGGUGGCGCCCAACAAAAAAGCCAAAGAAGCCGCGAACGACAACUUGUUCGGGUCGGAAUCGGAAAACGAGGACGAUGAGCCUCGAGAAACCAUCCACGGCACGAACUCGUCGCCGCCCCGCGAAGUCGACGACAAGCAGCACGCCGAAUUGUUCGGGUCCGACUCGGACGACGACUGAGCUUCCUCGAUCCCAACGUAAUAUAUGCAUGCCAACUAGUCCCUCGAGCCUGAGGCACUACAUGCCCUCUCAUCCG